UUCCAGAGUCUGUCGGAAAGAAUAUAAUUGCAGUGGUCUCACGGUAGCUUCGUCGUGUCACAUACACAAGCAACUCAUCAUGCCUUACAGUGCCCGCACAGAAAGCCUCCCGGACGCGGUGAUCUCGGGGGGGCUGGUCGACCCGCGCGCCGAAGAACAGCCUUCGUUCAGCACGCGAAUGUCCUGUCGGGACGCCACCGACUUCAUGUCCAACAUCAAACGGUCUUCGCCUAUGAUUUCUAGACAUAAGCCAGGCGGCAAGUCUAAUCCCGGUCAGCCCUUGUCAGAUCUUGUGCCAGGGCUGGUGAUUAGUGGAGGUCGCAGUCGGUCGCCCGCCUUUGAUGGCCUGCCGGUCGUUUCACACUGGGGCGAUCGCACCGGCGAGGCGUCGGCUGCAGACCCUGCAGCGACGGUCUGUCUUACAUCGACGUGGUUCACCAGCCAUGUGCUGGGCGAAGGGUCAACAAUGCAGUGUCCCUUGGGCGCUCCCUGCUGGUCGCUCAAGACGCAUGGCAUCGGUCCGGUCGAGGCAGGGUCCAGCGUCCUGACUGCGGCGGCGAACAUCUCGUGGGGGCGCAACACGCGCGUGGCGGACGCUGUAGACUGUGCCCUAGAGCUGCUCGCGGACGCCGCGGUGCUCCUGGCAGCACGGAACAAGGUGAUCUCGACGGGGGUCACGGAGCGCCUUCCGUUCGCUGCAGUUCAUGCAGCUCCAAUGCCCACCUGGUGUGUCGCUCGCAAACCUCUACCUCCCAAGCUGAGUGGCGUGGCGCUCUCGCUCGACCCAGCCACGACCGAGGUUCUGGCAGCCGAGAACUGCGUUGGCCCGCUGCUUAACACGAGCAUCUUCUCCAUGGCCGUGGGCUACAACCGGGGCGUCUAUGGGGGGUCGAUCUCGGGCCUCUGGGCGAUCAUGGACUCGGCCUUCGUACUCGACUACUCGAUCGGUAAGAACAGCCCAGCCAUGGCGGAGAAACUAGCCGGCGCCUUUGCCGAUGUGGCGGCCACCGCCGAGGCAGCCGUCUCCGCGGGCCCGCACAUCACCGACAUUCGCGUCGUCAAGGGGUGCAACUAUGCCUGUCUCCACCAGAAGACCAUCAUCGAGGACACCGCAACGGUUGUCUCCCGGCCGUGCAUGGUGGUCUGGGACGAUUUGGCGCGGCUGGCCCGCUACAAGCUCGCGGACGCGGUGUUCUGCCAUGUCUACUACGACUCCGGGGGCGGCGAGCAGAUGGCCGCGAUGGCGGGGCUGGGCUGCGUGGUUUACUCGCGCUUGGUGGGCGCCAUGAUCUGGUAUCACGACCACGACCCCUAUAACCCAGCCGCCUUGUGCAUCCUCUUCACCCACUGGUGGCAGCUCGCCAACUGCCGCCACCGACCCAUUACCCUCCUCGGCCGGACUGACCUGAGUGUCGAGGCCAUGGCAAUCGCGGCCACCAUUCCCACCGCGCGACCGUCACUAGAGCACUUCCGCGCGUGCGGCACGCCUGUCGAGCGCGGAGAAGGCGCCUUCGCGGCGGCCGAGGCGCGCUUCAACGCACUGCUGGCAUCAAAUCCGUUGGCGCAAACCCGGCGUGUGGCCGAUCUCCUGGUCCGGCCGGUGCUCGCGUACGUGCGCGGGACGGACGACCACCUCCCCCUGGAGAAUGAAUACGUGGGGGCGGUGCUGGCGGCGGAGAUCGCGUACCCGCAGGACCAAAAAAUCCGCGAGCUGUGGGACUUGGCGAUUGUGAUGUGGGAAUGCGGGGCCCUGUGGGCGGCGGGCGUCGCUGGCCUGUGCUAUACCCACUCCGGCCAGUCCAACUGUGAUCGUGCGCGCGAGGAUUUGUCGGAUUGCACCUGGAGUUGA